GAGAUCUCCAGGCUGUAUUAUACCCUUCUUCCUGCCUUUACCCACAAUUGCGUCUUGGUAGGCAGCUCACUCAAUAGCUUUAUUGACACAGUCUGUUUGUCUGCUAUAGAAUGUGCUACAAGACCAUAUCAAUCUUAAAUGAAAAGAUGGCUUGACGACACAGAUACAACUGAGAUACGAAUACCAUUUACAGCUUUUGAGAUUUGCUGAGGGAAGAGAGCUAAAGCGAGUUUUAUCACAUUUUAAGGCACUUUAAAGAUGAACAUUCAGUCAGCCAUCAACCGUGAGCUCUUUAUCCCAAGAGAUGAAAAGUUGCUGGUAGCCAUUGAAGUGAGGAGAAGGAGGACAAGAAGAAAAAGACUUUAUUUUCUCAAUGCAGGUCGCAAGAAGGACUAUUUAACUUUCCUUUGCUUGUCAGUUACUAACAGUAGACCAGCUCAAGUCCUUAUUACUAAAGUUAAAAGGUAUCGAGGGUCCAGACAGCUUUCUAAAAGAUCUCAAUGGUCUGUGAAGCAGCUUCGUCAGGUCAAUGGCAUUAACCCAAAUAAGGACUCUCCGGAGUUUGACCUAGUGUUUGAUUACACUUCUGAUCAAUGGGAGGCCAGCUCAGCUGCCGAGAAGUGCAUGUUUGUGCAAAUUUUGUACCAUGCUUGUCAGAACUACUGGGAGGCAACCCUUGGCCAAAAUAAUCCAGUUUCCCCUGGAGAUCAGAAGAUACCUGAAGCUCCAGAGAACAAGAAAAGCCAUGGUGCACCACAACAAACUGACUUUGUCAACUGUCAGCCAAAGCUAAUGGGAGAUGCUUGCUCUGUUAAUAUGGUCAUCUAUCGCUGCAAGAUAUUUUUGAAAAGAAUGAAAAAUAGUAUGAUUUCAAACAAGGGUCAGUUCAGGGGUGAAGGACCAGCUGUAAAAACAUCUAAGAGCAGCCCCUCCCCUCCGGUGGUUAGGAAGAUGGGAAAUGUGAUGCGAAGGGCUAGUCAGGUUCUAAGUGAGCGUGGAGAUCAUUUGAUGAAGGUUGAUGAUAAGAACAACCAGCUGUUUCAUGGUGCCAAAUCAGAAGCUGCUCAGAAGCUGGCCCUGAAGCAGAUUUAGAAGUGUUCAGGACGGAUUGCCAAUAACAUUUUAAAUAGCUUUUAAUCAUCUGGUAGCUGUUUAUAAAGCUUUUAACUAUCUAAUUUUCACAGUGAACCUAAAGAUGCUAGGUGCAAGCAAUCCUUUAAUAAAAGUAUUUUUAGACAGUGGAUGUGGAUGCUUAAAUCAGAAAAAGUUGAGGUUAAUUUAUGUUUGUUUUGUAAAACAUGUUUCAUAAUAUUAGUAUACUAGCCAACAUUUGAAGUGGAUCAAAAAAGUUGAUUAAAGUUUUCCUAAGACUAGAUGGGUAUUGUUAAAAAUUUUAGGACAACUUUUACUGAUCCACUUCAAAUGUUGUGUAUUAUGGUCUUAUCUUUUUUCACUUUCAUGGGUUCUAGCAAUUGUGAAUGUAUUUACUCACAUUGAACAAGGGUGAUCUUAUAAAGGUUUUAUGAAGAAAUGUAAUUAGUUAAAUCACUUUUGUGAAAAAAAAAAUGUGCUAAUCUCUUGAAAUAGGAUUUAGCACUUAAGCAAUAAAAAUGUGUAUGGAACUACAGUUUCUAUCAUGAAUGUCUGAUCUUUGAUUUGUGACACACUACUUGUAGUUCACACUGCCUCAACAAACAACAACAAAUACUGUAUCAACAUUCUUAAUUGGCCUGUACUUUUAGAAUGUUGUGAAUAACAACUCUUGCUUUCAUACUGCACCAACAAACAGCAAUAAACUUGCAGAUAUAGGGAGCAUAUAUUAAUAAUUUGAAAUUGCGUUAAUUUUUUAAAAUGUUUUUUGGCAAGUUUUAUGGUGUUGAUUAGAUCAGUGUGUAUCAACUUAGCUUUACCUUGGUUCACCCUUGAAGAAAAUUUAAUUCGAAAGAAUAUGACCUUUAUUGUAUUGAUCACCUCAGCAUUAUGGGAUAUACAUUUUGUUUUUCAUGUGAAAAAUUAUAAUGACUGGCAUGUAAUUUUACACAAGAAAUAUGCAAAUAUUUAUGGAUAUAUAGUAACACAGAGACAUAAAAAUAGAUUGUGUACUUUAAUAUCGCCUGUACAUCUCCAUUUAUAUAAAUUUUAUAUGUUAACACAUGAUGUUACUUAAAUCUGCUUCCUAGAGGUUUAUAAGAGAUGUUGACAAAUACUGAAAGCUCAUUGUGAACACAAUGUAUGUAUUUAAAAGUCUUGGUAAGUCUCUUUGUGGAUAAAAGUCUUGUUCAGUCAAAACUGUUUUGUGUCUAGUGUAACUAAUGUAUGUAUCUAAUUCUGGGCUGAUAACUGAUGUGAGAAACCAUUUUAUGAUUGUCUGUAGCAGGCUCAUGAACCUGUCCAAUAAAAAAAAACAGAAGGGUAUUUUUUGCUUUAAGUUGAAUACACUGUUUGGUGAUGGCAUAUUCAGUGCAGCCUGCUUUUGGUUUCCCUCCUUGAGUUUCCUAAUAUAUUUGUAACUAAAUUUUGUUUGUUUGUAACUGUCUUCUUGUCUUAUGACACUGAUUUAAGAAAAACUAGUUAAAUUGUCCACCUUUACUUAAUAAAUGAAAUGUGAUCCACA